AUGGAAAGUGCAUUUUGUAGCAGAUAUAGAAAGUUUACGGAGUAUAUAAGCAGAGAAACCAGUGAGAAGGGAAGUAAUCAAAAGGAACAUGCGUUCAAUUCAAUUUGGUCAGUAAGCCCAAAUAAUUUGGAGUUUUUCAAAAAUUGUAAAUUGAAUCCAAAAAAAACCAAAUUUGAUUCAAAAGACUCAGAAGAAUGUAGUACAAUAUAUUUUGAACUUAAAAAUACACACCAUCCUCAAAUUCCGCACUUGAAAUGUAAUGUAUUUAUUUAUAAGUUGGGAUUAUUUAGACUUCAAAUUGACGAUACAGGCACUGGAUUAUCAGAUUAUAAAAGAUAUAAAGUUGGAAAAGAAGUCAUUUUUAAAGACAACUUGGUGAAAAAGUAUUUAGUAAGUAAAGAAAGCUCAGAUGUGAAUAUUGAUGAAAGCGAAAACCGAAUAACAAUAACUUUGGUUAAUGAGAAUGAUGAAUGUAAAUAUACUUUUGUAAUGUACUUUAAACCUUUCAAAAUUGAAACUUUUCUUUGUGAUAAAAAAAUAGCUACAGUUAAUGGUAAUCAGUUUUUUAAUUUUGAGAGAAGUGGAAGAACAUAUCGAAGAAAUAAUAAUUUAAAUGCUAAGUUUACUCAAAAAUCAUAUAAAAUUAGUAUUAAGGAUUUAGUUCAAGAAAAAAAUCAAAGAAAUGUAAUAUUUAAAUGGUUAAAAAGUCAUUACAAUGCAAUAAGAGAUAUUAUUAAAUUAUUUAAUUACAAUAAAACUAUUUCAGAAAUUGUUGAUUCCGUUGAUAUUUAUCCGAAAGGUAUUUGGUCUGAGUUAUUUAAUAAUUUCAUUGAUUUCAAUCAAAAUGGUCCAAUUGCAAUAGGAACAGAUAUUCAAAUACAUUCUUGCAAUGACACUUAUGGGUUGGCAGAAAAAACUGCUUCAUUAAAUUUACAAGAUUUUGAUGAACCUUACAGGUUUUACAAUGUUGAUAAUUUUAAAUACGAACUUAAUUCAACUGAUCCAUUGUACGGUUCUUCUCCAAACUUAAUUUCCUUGAGUGACUUUUACUUUGAAAAUAAAAAAAAGGUUAUAUUUUCAAAUAUAUUAUGGUUAAACCCUUCUGAUACAUAUGUAAAACUAAAUAAAAUAAGAAAUGAUCAUUCAGAAAAGUAUUUAGAUACAUGGUGGGUUUCUGAAACAGGAGUCUUGGAUUUGGUUAUUAUGGUUUCAACAAGAUUGGAGCAAUUGUAUUAUAAUUUGGGAAUUAUUACUGGAUUUCCAUAUUUCGCUCCAAGAUUUUCUUUGGGAUACCACUAUAGUAAAUGGGAACAUACAAGUGAAGAAAGAGUUUAUAAUAUUCAAAAUUUACUAAAGAAAAAUGAUAUACCAUAUGAUAGUAUUUGGUUGGAUAUUGAACAUACAUUUAAUAAACAAUAUUUUACAUGGAAUAAAACAGCUUUUCCAAAUAUGAACGAAAUGAUUAAAAACCUAGAUAAAGAUAAUAAGUAUUUGGUCGUCAUUUCAGAUCCGCAUAUUAGCAUUAACAAAAGUUAUAGUAUGUACUCAUCUUUUGAGAAAUUAAAGUACUGUGGUAAAGGAUUUUACAAGAUUUCUGUUAAUUAUAAAAAAAUGUUAAAAUAUUUAUUUAUUACUAAAAUUAUUCCAAAAAUUCAUUUAAGAAUAAAUUGUAAAAUAGAAUUAAUCAUUCAUAAAGAUAAUAUAAGUAAUUCAAAACUUGUUGCUAAAACAAUUAAUUCACCUUGGGUUAAAAUACCAAAUUAUAAUAAUGAAAUUAAUGAUUUCGUUGGUAAAUGCUGGCCAGGAUCAUCCAAAUAUUUGAAUUUUUUUUCAAAUGAAGUUGGAAAUUACUAUUCUAGAUAUUUUGAAAAAAUGUAUAAAAUGCACAAAAAUUUGGGUUAUUGGUUAGAUAUGAAUGAACCAUCAGUAUUUGAAUUGCCAGAGUUAUCUUUCCCAAAACAAGUUGAAUUUGGGAAUGAUGGUUUAGAUAAUAGAAAAGUACACUCAUUAUAUUCAUUUAAUCAUGCUAGAUAUGCUUUUAAUGGUUUAGUAAGAAAAUUUCAAGGACAAAGACGUCCAUUUUUAUUAACAAGAUCAUUUUGGAUAGGAUCACACAGAUAUUCAAAUAUUUGGACGGGGGAUACCGAAUCAAAUUGGAAUUAUUAUUAUUAUACAAUAAUUACGAAUCUCAGAAAUGCAAUAUGUGGGUUUUCAUUGACAGGAUCUGAUGUUGGUGGAUAUGAAAGUUUUAAUGACGAUGUUUAUUUAUUGAUUAGAUGGUAUCAAUUAGGUAUUUGGUUUCCAUUCUACAGAAGCCAUUCUUCAAUUAAUACAUUAAGUAGAGAUUAUAUUUUUUCAUAUCCAAUAAUAAAAAAAUAUAUUAAAUUAAGAUAUUCAUUGAUUCCAUAUUGGUAUACAUUAUUAGCAAAAUAUUCAUUUUAUAGUAUUCCAAUGAUAAAGCCACUUUUUUGGUUAAAUCCAACUGAUUAUAAUUUAAGAUCAAUAGAUAAUAGUUUUUUGGUUGGAGAUUCAUUUAUGAUCAAAUCUAUUGAAAAAGGUCUUCAUUCAUUAUUAAUAUUACAUUAUUAUCUAUGUAAUUUUAAUUAUGCAAAUAAAAUCUUAAAUCAUAAUAAAGAUUAUUUAUAUAAAAUAUGGUAUAGUGUAUAUGGUAAAACAAUAUAUAUUGAUACAAAAGAACAGUAUUAUUAUAAUAAUAAUAUUAAUAAUACUCCAGAUUUUGUUAAAGGAGGAAGUAUUAUACCAUUUUCAUCAGAAUCAAGUUUAUUAUCUAGUAAAGAACAGUUAAAAUAUCCAAUAAAAUUAGUGAUAUAUUUAACUGGUGAAUUAUUAAAUAGUAAUAAAUUAAAAAAUCAAAUAUUAUUUCCAGAAAUGAAAUAUUAUAAUUAUACAAAUGAAAAUUAUUAUAAUGAUUAUAUGAUUGAUAUAUUGACAUUACAUUCAGAAGGAAGCAUAUAUUUAGAUGAUGGUGAAACAUAUUCAUAUUUAAAUAAUGAAUAUAUUUUUGAUGAUAUAAUAUUUACUUUAAGUUGUAAUAAUUAUGUUUUUAAUAACACUAAUGAAGAUUUGGGUUACACUCCAAAUAUAAUAGAUAAUGUAUUGGAGAAGAAUUUAUUAAAAUCAACAUUUAAUGAAAAAUAUCAAAGAGAUAAAUUAAGAUUAUUUAAAGAGAAUUUUGGUUAUGAAAUAUAUAUUAAACAAAGAAAUGAUAAAUUAAUGUACAAAAUGAAUAAUAAUAACGAUAAUUAUUAUAAUCACCAUAUAUUAUCAUUAUUAGAAGAGGACAUAGGGGAUUUAAUUAUAAAUAAUAAUAAUAAUAAUAAUAAUAAUAAUAAUAUUCAAGAUAAAAAUGUGAAUAAAUAUAAUAAACAAAUUAGUUUAAUACAAAUUAAUGGUUUAAUAAUAAAACCAAAAAAAAUAUUAUUAGUCAAGAGAAAAAAUAAUAAUUCAUUAGUUUUUCAGAGAUUAAAAUAUAAAUUAAUUAAAAGUAAAUAUUUUGGAAACAAUCAUUUAAUUAAAGGAAACUUGUAUUCAAUUGAAAUAAAUCUUGAUAAUAAUGAUGUAAAUUUUGGUAAUUAUAAUUGGAGAAUAAAAAUAAUAUUAUAA